AUCCAGUUGACCGUUAGCAUCGGUCCGGUAAGGAUGGUCCCGAACCUGGCAGCAGAAGCAGCCCAUUCGAAGCAGUGAUUCCGGUUGUCGGGCGGAAAAGCGCGAAAAUUGACACACGUUUGGUGGUGGUUCGUCGCUCGGAUAGUUUAUUUGUCUUGUGGUGAUUAAGAGUUUUUCGGAGAAUCAAAUCCAUCCAAUGGGCCCGGCUUCGGCGAUCGAAUCGGUGGUGGUUCCGUGACCGUGGAACCGACACUCGAGUGUUUGUGUUGUGGUUCGAUUUCACUAACUCAACGUGCUAUCGGCGAGGAGAGGAUCAGUGCGACAGUGGUGUUGGUUCAGUUUACCUGAAUCAACAGAUGGCGAUAGGGUAAUAAUUGUAGAUUUUCUGUGAUUUUCGGUUUCAAUGCUUCAAGCCAGGCAGUGAGUGCAAAUGCGACUGUACUACGUGCCAGUGAAAGACAUCGUUCGUACUCUCUGCGCGUACUUGCCGCUUUCUGGAAGGAUGUGCCCGACCGUACCACUUUCCUGGUGAACAAAAUACCUCCCAAAGGGACGACGCUAACGGCACACAUCGAACACGAACCCCGGGAAGGCGUCGAGUAUUUGGGAGGAAUAAUGUGUUCAAGACAGGCCGUGGUACGCGUUCGGGUGGAUAAAACGGUCUUCAAAUCAUACCGAAGAAAUCCUUCGUCUGCAAAAUCUAGUGUAAAGUGAUAAAAGCGAAUCGAACGAAGUGUUGGUUGGCCGGAACUUCAUGGUGGAACCCAUCUCGCCGCUGCUCGACUAGCGGCCAUGCUGAACCCAAGAAAGUGAAGCGUGAAUGUGUACAUGUGAACUCGGGGAAAACGUGGGAGCACAGCACAGAAAAUCCAUCAUGCUGCAGCAUCCCGCAAUCUACGCCAUACCUUCCAUCUGUGCGGUCAAGCAAACACGAGCUCGAUAAUCCAUGACCGGAACCAAUAUUGGAAGCGUGGCGGUGAAAUCAUGCGAACGAUUUGAGUGGGGAAAAAACGGCCCGUGUGAAGGUUUGCCCUCCGCUUCUAUCGGACAGUUUCUGAGGCCGACCAUUUUCUUCCAUUUUUGCCCGCUCGUCGUUCCAUCCAGCCCGCUGGUGCCACCACGUAAUAAGCUCCAAGCAGUCGUAAAGAGAGCGAGCAAGGCAAAUUAAAAAAAAGACACCAUCAAAAUAAGAUAUCGUUAGGGUGCCGCCGAGUGGCUACACCACAUUGCACCGGGCCAGCGAAAAUGCUGCUACCGUGAGCGAAAGUGAGAACACGCCUCCGUGCGUAUGUGUUAAUGUGUGUGUGUUGUGCGAAGUGGUGCGGUAAGCGUCCGUAAGCCGUGUGGCCAGCCCAAGCGUAAUAUUAAUCAAAACACAACAAUGAGCUCGACGGAAUUGGGAGAAUUUGUAAUAAAUGUCACCGAUGGGCCGGCACACGGUGCGCCCACCGGUGAGGAGGACGGAGCGACCAACAUCUCAGCCGCCACCACCACCAUGCACCUGCUGUACUGUGGCAAGACGCUCGAUGACUUCCACACCAGCUACGCAAAAGCGCACGGAAUCGUCUGCCUGUUGGUGUGCAUCUUUGGCAGCAUCGCCAACACGCUCAACAUUGUGGUGCUGACGCGGCGUGAGAUGCGAUCACCGACCAACGCCAUCCUGACCGGGCUGGCGAUCGCCGACCUGCUCGUGAUGCUCGACUAUAUGCCCUACGCAAUCAACUCCAUCCCGUAUCUGCGGCUUUCGCGCGAAGAACGACUCACGUACGGGUGGGCCUGGUACAUCAUGUUCCACUCGAUCUUUGCCCAGAUCUGCCACACGAUCUCGAUCUGGCUCACGGUGACGUUGGCCAUCUGGCGUUACAUAGCCGUGGCCUACCCGCAGCGCAACCGGCAGUGGUGCGACAUGUCCAAGACGCUGGCCGCAAUCUUCAGCUCGUACAUCGUUUGCCCCUUUCUGGCCGUACCGAUCUACCUCUCCUUCAGCAUCCAGUCCAACGUGGAGCUGCUCGGUUGCGAUGGCAACACACUGACGGUCGAUGCCGCUGGGAACGUGACGCAAGGGCGCAAUGUCACGCUGUACCGGCUCGGCACGUCACAGCUCGUUCGCGAUAAUCCCGCGCUGCUGAACGUCAACUUUUGGAUCUACAGCGUCGUGUUCAAGCUGAUUCCCUGCAUCGCCCUAACCAUCCUCAGUUUGCGGUUGAUCGGUGCCCUGUUGGAGGCGAAACAGCGCCGCAGCCAACUGACCGGUACGGCCACCGGACUGAAGCAGAUCGUUGACGGCCGGGUCGUGGAUGCCAAGUCCGGCAAGCAAACGGACAAGGAGAAGCAGACGGAUAGGACGACGCGCAUGCUACUGGCGGUGUUGCUACUGUUCCUCAUCACCGAGUUCCCCCAGGGCAUACUCGGCUUACUGAGCGCCGUAUUGAAAAAGGACUUUUUCUUCAACUGCUACCUCAAACUCGGUGACGUGAUGGACGUACUGGCGUUGGUCAAUUCCGCGAUUAACUUCAUACUCUACUGCUCGAUGAGCCGCCAGUUCCGCAGCACGUUCAACGAUUUGUUCCGGCCGCGCAUCCUCGACCGCUGGAUGGCGGUGCCGCAGGGCGAGGACGAGCGGGCGGGCCGCGGCCACCACCAGGACGGAGCGACAACGCAGAUUACUCAGAUAUAGCGCACGCCGGGACGUCCUAACAGUAAUUGCCACGGUUGCUUUGGGCAGUUUGCGACCGCACUGGCGGGAGUUCUCAUUAGCAAUCGGCAAACAUCGAGCCGUGACGACUGUGCAAUGCUCUAGCGACGUCCCACCUACACUGCUCCGGUGCACUUACACACUUGUGCACCCUUUUUUUCUCUCUCUAUCCCUCUCUGGUCUGCUCUGGUAGCUGCUCUGCUGGACCUACCUAACUAACGCACUUAUGCCGGGCUCGGACAAGUCCGUCUAAUUACUGUGUCGCGGUGAGCAGUCCCGUGGCGUUAGGAUCGCUUCGCAUACACUACUGUUUGGCGAUGACGGCCGUUACUAUUAGCAGAUAAUGAACACUAGACACACACACACACACGCUGGGCACAAUAUGGAACCGAACCAUCGAAAGGAAUGGAUUUUCUAAUCAAACGUGUACGCCGCUUUCCGUUACUACCGCUUGUCGCGCAUACGCAGGUUUGAUUAUUUAAACGAGCCGUUACGAACGAACCGGCUGCGGUUUGCUGCAACAACCUACCCACUAUAGAGUAUUUACAUGUCGUUCGGUCCAUGGGGUUGUAGUUGUAAAGAGGCACAGAAUAAUUUAAAAAAAGGAAAUCUUCCCCCACCCCCCCCCACCCCCCCCCCCCCCCCGCAGAGAGACAACAAAAGUGAUUGGCAAAGUCAGAUUCGCAAAACCCGCUCCGGGAGUCGGGGCUUGUUUCAGGGCUUUGCUGUUUUAGUAGAGGUACGGCUGCUGUUGAACGGUCACCGCCCGCCGUGAACCGAAAACCGCAACGAGCAGAGUGAUACGUGUCGUUCGUUCUAAAUUCUAAAUAAGCAAAUGUUGUACAAAACGCUCUUGUCAGUGGGUGAAGCUGCUUAAAGUAUUGCUACGGGGUUGUGUUUUGAUCGUGUUUGGUUUAACCCCGUGAAGGUCGUCGCUUCACUGGCAGGAAACGCGUGGCGCGAUCUUGACGACGUGCGAGUGCUAAAGCUGUAGCGCAAAACUAUCGUUAAGUAGAGUUGAAGUACGUGUAAUAUAUUUUUAUGUUACGUAUAUAUUUGUCAGAGAUUAAAACCUAACCGCGUUGCGUUGAUAAAUAAAUGCCUUUGAAAUUAAAUUUUCA